UCCGCACACUGCGCUCAUCCGACUCGCAGUCAAACUUGAAUUGUCAUUAUCCCCGAGUAUCAGGACAUGCAUUCCAAAAAGCUGCGGUAGAAGCCAUUUCAUGUCAUUUGGAGCAUCCCGUUUAUAGAUUUUUUUUCUCCUUCAAGAUAACACAGACCGUGUCGAGAAUGUGUGGAUUUUUAAGACAUGGGCCACUGACUGCCUUGGUACUGGUCAACGCAUUGGUUUUUGCAGUGGGGGAAACGGGGGAUGGCAUUUUUACAAAUCAUUUCUUGGUAGAGUUAAAUGAAGGCUCUUCUGAUGAAGCCCGUCAAGUUGCGUUGGAGCACGGCUUUCAGAGUGUCCGGAAGCUUCCGUUCGGAGAGAGCCUCUUCCAUUUCUACCCACACGAUGCCCCCAAGACCAGGGACAAGCGCAGCCCCCGGCACGGUCAGAGCCUCCAUGAGGACCACAGGGUGAAAAAUGUGUUGCAGCAGGCAGGAUUUGGCCGACAGAAACGAGGCUACAGAGAUCUAAACCAUGUUGAAGUCAACAUGACGGACCCUCUGUUCUCUAAGCAGUGGUAUCUUAUAAACACAGGGCAGGCGGAUGGCACCCCUGGGCUGGAUCUGAACGUGGCGGAGGCCUGGGAGCUCGGCUUCACCGGCAGAGGGGUGACAAUUGCCAUAAUGGAUGAUGGAAUUGACUAUCUUCAUCCAGACCUUGCGGCAAAUUAUAAUGCUGAGGCCAGUUAUGAUUUCAGCAGUAAUGACCCUUACCCCUAUCCGCGCUACACAGACGACUGGUUUAACAGUCAUGGCACUCGAUGUGCAGGAGAGGUAUCAGCAGUGGCCAACAACAACAUCUGUGGCGUGGGAGUCGCUUACAACGCCAAAGUAGCCGGUAUCCGCAUGCUGGACCAGCCCUUCAUGACGGACAUCAUCGAGGCGUCGUCCAUCAGCCACAUGCCGCAGGUCAUCGACAUCUACAGCGCCAGCUGGGGGCCCACCGAUGACGGCAAGACGGUGGACGGGCCCCGAGAACUCACGCUGCAAGCCAUGGCAGACGGAGUCAACAAGGGUCGUGGUGGGAAAGGCAGUAUCUAUGUCUGGGCGUCUGGAGACGGGGGUAGCUAUGACGACUGCAACUGUGACGGCUAUGCCUCCAGCAUGUGGACCAUCUCCAUCAACUCGGCCAUCAACGACGGCCGCACGGCACUCUACGACGAGAGCUGCUCCUCCACACUGGCCUCCACCUUCAGCAACGGACGCAAGAGGAACCCCGAGGCCGGCGUGGCUACAACAGAUCUGUACGGCAACUGCACUCUGCGUCACUCUGGAACAUCAGCUGCUGCUCCUGAGGCGGCGGGCGUGUUUGCAUUGGCACUGGAGGCUAACCCCAACCUGACGUGGCGUGACAUGCAGCACUUGGCGGUGCUGACGUCCAAGCGUAACCAGCUGCAUGACGAGGUGCACCGCUGGCAGCGUAACGGCGUGGGCCUGGAGUUCAACCACCUGUUUGGCUACGGGGUGCUGGACGCCGGCGGCAUGGUCAAGAUGGCCCAGGAGUGGAAGACCGUGCCAGAGAGGUUCCACUGCGUCGCCGGAUCCCUGCAGGAGACACAUGCAAUCCAGUCCGACGACAGGCUGGUGCUGACCAUCACCACGGACGCCUGCCAGGGCAAGGAGAACUUCGUGCGCUACCUGGAGCACGUGCAGGCCGUGGUGACCGUCAACGCCAGUCGCCGCGGCGACCUGAACAUGAACAUGACGUCCCCCAUGGGCACCAGGUCCAUCCUGCUGAGCCGCCGGCCCCGCGACGAGGACGCCAAGGUGGGCUUCGACAAGUGGCCCUUCAUGACCACCCAGUCCUGGGGCGAGGACCCGCGGGGCACCUGGACGCUGGAGGUCCACUUCCAGGGCGAGGAGGCGCCGCGGGCGGGCGUCCUGCGCGAGUGGACACUGAUGCUGCACGGAACGCAAAGCGCCCCGUACAUUGACCAGGUGGUGCGCGACUACCAAUCCAAACUGGCCAUCUCCAAGAAGGAGGAGCUGGAGGACGAGCUGGACGAGGCGCUGGAGCGAAGUCUCAAGAGCUUGAUGAAUAGAAAUUAACGACGACUGGCGACUGCAUGACGAUGAUGAUGAUCUCUCUCUCUCUCUCUCUCUCUCU